UGAAUUCGUGUUUUGACAUUGUAGGUUUUUUUUGGGGAUUCAUUGGGGUUCAGUAUAAUUCAGUAAAGAUGUGCAAUUUAUAGAUAGAUGCAUAAUCAAAAGCAUUGAACUUAUGAAAAAUAUUGCAAAUAUUUAUCAAUGCCAGUGAAAAGGAUGGAGAUUAGAGAUAAAAUAGUAUUGGGAAGACCCAUUAUGAUGGCUUCUGAUGGGAGGAUUACACCAAGUUCAACAACAGCAUGCACAAUUGCAAACAACUUUAACAACUUCAACAACAUCAACACCAUAGCGUCUCAGCCUAUUCCGAAGAUAAUAACACCAAGUGAUCUACAAGCUUUAGUUGGUCCAAGGACAGAAGUAAGAAUUGUCUCCUUUCAGGAAAUACCAAAUAAUAGCUAUGAGCAAUUAGUUAAGGAAGUGGCCGAAGUUAAGGCUGAUGUGAAAAAGGCUCUUUCUGAAAUAUCACAGAUUAAGAAUUUAAUUUGUCAACUGCUAAAUCAACCACAACAUCCAAAUGUUGAAAGUCCAGAACCACCAAUUGUAGUGCCAAUCAGAGCUUCCUUCCCCAUUGACAAUAUCACAGAAAUGUCAGCAAUUGAGAAUAAACUGGCAGAAAAUGAAGACUUUUUCCAAAAUAUGGUGAACGAAUUUACAAACUACUUAGAACAUGAGACAGAAAAUAGAAAUGCAAGAAGUUGCUCUUAUGCCAUUGUUGAUCAAUUUUUCACUCGGGAUUUUUUGCUAAAUUUCACAUGGACCGGAAGUACCCGCAAUGAAGGUGCAAAAUUUGCAAUGAGAACUUUUCAAAAUAUUAUCAAGCUCUUCUACACCGUGAUUAACAAUGCAGCCGAUUCAGCAUGUGACAUGGCUGAAAUUGAAGAUUUCUUUAAAAGCAUCCUCAAAAAUUCACAAAAACGUGUUAGUAGUCUCAAUGGUGAAAGAAAUCGCUGCACGUCGAAUAAAAAACCCAAAAACCAAAAUAUCGUGACAAGUGAUUCCUCUUAUUCUAAAAUUGAUGAUUGUGAAGUUGUUUGCAUUAACGAUGAUGGAAGUGAUAGCAAUACCUAAUAAUUUAGAUUAGAAUAAGUUCUAAGUUCUUUUGUUUCUUUUUUGAAGUUCAAGUUUUUCUCAUUCUUUUUUUUAUUAAGCAUUUGAUAUUUCUCUUGUGAAUUGAUGCGAAAAAAGAUGCAAAAUGUUCUAAAGGAUAGAAAUAUGUAUAUGUAUAAGAUAGAAUGCAAUAUAUGGAUUAAGAUUAUGUUGAAUAUUA